AUGAGAAUACUGUUGUAUACUCUUCUUUUAUGUAUUUGCUCUGGUUUCACAAAAAGCCAAAAAGCCCAUAAUUUUGAUAAUAUAAUAAAAUAUCUUAAAGAAAUAAAAAUAAUACCACAAUAUAUACCAGAUCAGCUAGAAGAUAAUAUUCAAUUAAUUCCACCAUAUUUAGUAUAUAAAUAUAAAAAUAGGAUAUAUUAUAUACAUAACAAUGUUGAUAUAUAUCCCCCAGGUGAUUCAAAACCAAAACCAAUUUUUCCAAUAGACCCAGAAGAUGUAGUUGAAUGUAAUCAUAAUAAUCCAAAGAAUCCAGUUGACGAAGAUGAAGAUGAUGACGAUACAGUUGAUAUAAACACUUUUGUCGUUGAUAAUGAGACAGGUAUGUAUGUACCUAACAUAAAUAUAAAUGGUAUCGAUGGACAAACAGGAAUAAAUGCCGAGUUUGAAAUUCCAAAAAAUAAUCAAGUUCCAACAGAACAUAAUGGACCUACUGCAAUUAUAAACAUAAUUAUGGGAGAAGGAUGCACUAACUAUUCAUUAGGAGAAAUGGUAGAUAUUAAAGAAAAUAAAGAAAUUUGUAAAGAUAUUCAAACUGGAUUUGAAAUAUUUUAUAAAGAUGAUAUAUAUGAUUACGAAGAACAAACUGAAAAGACACCAUCACAUAAUAUUGAAAUAACUGAUUUUUAUACCUUUUUAAAUGCUAUACACAUUUUAUUUCACCAACAUGAAUAUAAUAAAAAUUAUACAAUAAAUAAUGUCCCAGUUAAUGAUGUUAAAUUAUUUAUGAAAGAAGUAUAUAUUAAUAUUCACAAUUCUUUAAAAACAUAUAUAUUAUUUUCCGGAUUAAAUUUUAGUGAUUAUACAUAUAGCCCAAAAGAAUUUUCUAUAGAUACAUUAUUAAAUGACUUUUACCAUUUAACUAAUGAUUCAAAUGAUAAUAUGAAUGGAUCUUUUGAAAAUAUAGAAAAACUACUAAAAUAUGUGGCAACAUCAAAAAGUAGAUUAACAAUAAAAUUAGUAGAAAAUGCAAUUAAAAGUUUUUUAGAUGAACAUAAUUUAAUGGUUUUAGAUAUAAAAUUAUUAACACACAUUUUUUCAACCAAUAGAAUAUUAAAUUAUAAUGAAAACGAUAUUAUUAAAUAUGCAACUGAUCUAGUAAAUAUUUCUGAAAUAGAUAUAUCUCCUAGAAUUAUUUCAACAGUCUUUAUAUAUCUUAUACAAAAAAUAAAUAUCUUCCCAAUGCCAAAUUAUCCUACUUUAUUCGAAUAUGGCAAUGUUUUGUUUUUAGAAAAUAAUGAUCUAAUAGCAACGAUAGAAAACAUAUACAAUAAAUUUUUCAAGCAUUUUUAUAGACAUGGAAAUAAUACAAACAAAGGUAAAAAUAAUAUGAGUCAUGAAACAAUAUUAGAUACAAUACCAUGGGCUAAACAAAUUUAUUCAAAAUUUAAAACCACCUAUGAUUUAUUAGCAUUUAAAUAUGGUGCAAUAUUAUUUUAUAAUUCUUAUGUAAAUAUAAUGGACUAUUUAAGUAAAAAUAAAAAUAUUAAAACUAUUAUAGAAAAAAAUAAAGCAAAUAAUCAAAUAAAAAAUCUAGAUCAAUUUUUAAAUGAAUUAAUAAAGCUAUUAAAAAUUGCACCAUCUGAAUCAGCCACAGUAAAAGACUCAAAAGAACCAUUACCAGUAUUUAUAAGUCUAAAAGAUACAAACAGACAUAAUAGUAGAGUUCUUUCUGAUGAUUUUGAUGAAGAUGAUAUUGAUAGCCAUGAAACAUUAGAGGAAGAUAAUGACACAACCGAUCAAGACAAUAAAUAUUUUAAAGAACUAAAAAUAACUGUUGAAAAUGAAUUAAUAAGUGAACGAAAAAAAUAUGUACUCGAAAGAAACAAAGAAAUAGAAAGACAAGAACAACAUAUUAAAAAAGAAAUAGACGACAUAGAUGCAAAACAUGAAUUAGAAACACAAAACUUAGAAAAAGAUGAACCACAAAAAGAAAUAUUACAAGAUGAAGAAAUUGAUAGACAAUAUGAAGAAGGUUUAGAAGAAGAAAAAGAAAUUGAUAGACAAAGACUUAUAGCUUUAGGAAAAGAUCUGGUUAAAUCACCAUUAGAAAAAGACACACGUUAUGAUAAAGUUUACUACGAAAUAGCACUUAAAAGUUUAACAGCAGACCCUGAUGAAGCUUAUGGUAGAGUUAUUAAAGCAGGAAAUGAUUUUAUAACUAAAACAGAAGAACAAUUUGAGCAAAUAGUCUAUAGAUUAAAAGAAUCUACAGCACCAAAAUAUCAUGAAUUAACAGUUGAGGUUAAGAAAGCUCUUGAUAAAAGUUUUAAAACAUUAAUAAAAAAAAUAAAAAAUAAAGAAAAUAUAGCCAAAUCAGAUAAUCUAAGUAGUUAUAAAAAAGAUAUAGAAUCUUAUUUAAAUAAAAUAACAAAAAAAAGUUCUGAUGGUAAAUAUUAUAUGUGUGUAGGAGAUCUUAUGACAACCAAAUAUAAUGAAUAUAGAGAUGAACUUAUGAAAUUAUGUGAUAAAAAAUUUUAUGCCAAUUUUAGAAAAAGUUUAAGUAAACAUUAUUUAAAAUUGAUGAGAGAGUUUAGAAUAACAUUAAAAAAUGCAAUAAGAUUAGCACAAGAUCUUGCAACUACUUAUGAUCAAAAUGAAUAUAUUCCAAAAUUUACAAGCAUUUAUACAGAAAGAAAAACAUUUUAUAAAAAUAAAUAUAAAGAUGAUCGACGAAAAAUAUCAAAAUCUCUAGAUGAAUCAUAUAGAAGUAUGUUAGACAAGGAUCACAAACUAAAACAAAGAACUAUUAAUAAAGAAUUGCAAAAAAUUAAAUUACAUCUUAUAAAUCAUAUUAAUGCUGCAAUGACAGAGUUAUAUAACACAACAUAUACAGAAUUACAAAUUGAUAAAACAUAUAUAUUCAAACAAAUCAAUGAAAUAAGUAUAACUGUUAAUGAACUAUACAAAGACAAUGAAUCUCUAACCAAUACACUUACAAGUUUAGAAACGGAUUUAACAAAUAUUCCAAAUUUUAAUAGUAAAAAUUUUACAGGAAAAAAAGAUACCGUAAAUAAAAGAAUAACUAAUGUUAAAGAAAAUAUUAAAAAAAAUGUAAAUAAAAUUAACCAGUUUAAAGAUAAAUUUAAUUCCCUUUCCAGUCAACAUGAUAUUGUCAUACAAAAAAUGAAUACUAUACAUGAAAUUGAAAAAAAACUUAGAUUAUUUAAAUAUGAGAUUGAAAAAAGUUAUAAAAAGGAAGUAAUAAGCAAAGAAAUAAUUGUAGACGACUUUACACAUCUAAGAAGAGUAUAUAAAGUAAUACAAGAAACUAUCUUAGAUUUAUUUAAUGAAUUAUAUGAUAUAGAAAAUCAACAUAAUGAGCUUAAAAUUGAUUUACAAAUAUUAACAAACAAUUAUAAUGAUAAAAAAAUACAAGUAGAUGCAUUAGAAAAAUUAUAUCAAAAUCAACCAAACGCAAAAGAAAUAAAUAUAGAACCCCUUGUCUCACAAAAAGCAGAAUUAACAAAAUUAGAAGCUCAAAUUAAAGUAAUACAAACAAAUAUAGAUAAAUUAAAAAUUAAAAGAGGAAUUAUAUCUAAUGAAGUUAAUUUUAUAACAAGUGAUAGUGCACGUAAUCCACCACAUACUAUUAAUUAUUUACAAAAAUUUCCUUUAGAUCCUUUUAUACGAACUAAUACAUCUUUUGAAGAUUUUAUGGAAGAUCUAAUUAUUAACUUAGAAAUAGAUAAUCAAAUCUAUCAAAAAUUUAUUAAAAUUAUUAAAGGUUAUAUAAGACGGGUUCCAAAAAAUGCUAUAUUUUCAUUUAAAUUUUUAGAAAGCCAAAAUAAAAAAAAAAUUAUUAAUGAAAAAUAUUAUCAAAUUUAUAACAAGGGAUUAAAUAUAUUUAUCAAGCAUUUAUACGGUUUCUAUUCUAAUUUACAAAUUUAUAUUGAAUCCAAAAAAAAAGUACUCACACCUAAUCUGUUAGCUGAAAGUGGAGCCAAAACAAACCUUCUAUCACCACAACCAACUUUAAUUGCCUAUUUAGAACGAAAUAUUAUUCAUAUUGAAAAUGUAUUAGAUAAGUUGAGAGCAGAGGUGUACAUUCCCGAUGUUAGUUACAUAAUAACACAACCAGAUUACUUUUUAAAAGAAAUAAAAAAUGAAGAUACACAAAAUGCAGCACUAUAUAAAGAUUUAGUAAAUAGUUAUACCAAAUUAAAAGAUAUAGCAACUAAUAUAAAUACUGUUUAUGAAAAAAUGUGUACAUACGAUAACUAUUAUAAACAUGCAUCUGAAAGAAUAUUACGAUAUAGGGCAUCACUUAAAUUCUUUCAUGAAGUAUCAGAUAAAAUAUAUUAUCUAAGUUUUAAAGAAGAAAAAAUAAGGACAGCUUUAGUAGAUGGGAAAGUAGUACAAGUUGAUAAAUAUGGAAAACAUAUCAAGCCAUUCUCUAUGUUACAAUAUGUAGAUAAUAUAGUAGAAGAUGUAUAUGAUAAAGAUAAAUAUUUAAAUGUAAUAAAAGAAGAAACUAUAUAUCCAUUCCCUUUAAAACCUUUAAAAGAUAUAUACAUAUUAGGUAAAACAUUAAAAUAUAACUUAUUACGUAAUAAUCAACUAAGUGAAUUUAAAACUUUUGUUAAAUCUAAAAUGUAUACCAUCAUUGAAAAGAGUGACAAUAAUCCAUACAUAUUUAAUAAAGAAGAAUUAGCCAAAUUAAAUAUAAUUAAAGAUAUAGAUACCACAAAUAAUAAAACAAAUUUAAUUGAAGGAAGUUUACAAAAUUUCUAUUCACAUUAUUCAGACAUCUUUCAAGGAAUAGAUAGUCACAUUCCUAAUAUGAUUGAAAAUACUAUUAAUGAUCUUUUAAAAAAAAAAGGUAUAACUUAUACUGCCUUAUUAGAAAUUAUUAAAUAUUUAAAAAAAAAACCAAACAUUUUAAGAAUAAAAGAAAUUAUAGUAUUAUGUGAAAAAAUACUAGCCAAAUCAAACUUACAUUUUAUCACUCCAGAUCAACUAGCCUUUUUUAUUGUCUCUAUAUUAGAAGGAUUUGAUAUUAAAGUUUUAAUGACAAAUGUAAAAAGAAAUGACAACAAAUCAACCAUUAUGUCUUAUUUAAAUUUAUUAAAAAUGGAUCAUAAAAAAGAUGUAAUCUUGUCUAAUUAUGUAAAAGAUUUUAUACUCAAAUUUUUAAAACCAAAAAAAAGUCAUACACAAUUAAAAUAUAAUCCUAAGUUAUAUGAAUUUUUACAAAGUUUAAAUAACAGUUUAGAUGGAAAUAAUAAAAUGUAUGAAGCAUUUAAAAAAAAAAAUCCAGACUUCAACACUCAAUUAUUAAGUUCAAUCAAAAAUAGUCUUGAUGCCUUUUUAAAAUAUUUCAUUCCAAACAUAUUAGCUACACAUAAUAUUCAAGGUGAUUUCUUUGCAUUUGAUGAAUAUAAUAAAAAAGAAACAGAAGUAUUUUUAUUUGAUAAGGUUGACUAUACUAAAGAUUUUAAUAAGUUGUUAUCAGAUUUUUUCUUUUCAAUAAAUUCAGAAGUACGGAAAUUACAUAAUGCUCAUAUAAAUAGUGUAGAUUUAAAUUGUCUAAAGGAACAUCCUCAUUUUAAUUUUGCAAACAUUAUACCUAAUAUAGAUGACAAUAAAAUAAAUGAAAAUUUUCAAAACUAUAUGAAAACAACUAAUACUCAUAAUAUACAACCAAUAAUGGUUUUAUUUAGAUUAUUUUUUCAUCCAAAAAAUAAAGACUUAUUUACAUAUUCUAAUGUAAUUAGUGUAGUAGAAAAAUUCUUUGCAUCUGAACAAUUUGAUAAUGAUACUAAAAAAAUGAUAGGAAAACUUGUUUACUCAUUAAUGGCUAGAUUAUCUUUUAUAGUUGUUUCUUAUUUAGAACCCAAAAUCGAAGAUGUAGUAGAUGGUAUUGAUAUUAAUCUAAUGAAUCUAUUCCAUACUGUUAUUAACAAAAUGAUAUAUACACUUUACUGUAAAAAUGAUAAAAAAUAUUUAGAACCAUUUAUUCCUACUACUAUGAUUAAAAAUGAUAAAGUAUUCAAGUUAGAUGCAUUAAAAAUAUAUAAUGAAUUUAUAAUGUCUUUACCUGAUCAAGAUAAAAGAUCUGCAAUCAACUUUUUUCAAACAGAUUUCCCACAUGUUGCUUCUACUAUUAUAUCUGAUGCACUUACUUUUGUAAAUCAUCAUAUGGAAAACAAACCAGGAGUAUAUCACUCAGAUGAAUAUGUUCAAUUAGAAACAUUAUUCAAAUUUAAUUACAAACUUUCUAGUAAUCAAAAUUUAUAUUAUGAAAAUUUUGAUGAGUUUAUUCAAAAAAAACCAGAAUUUACUAAAACAUCAAAUUUAUUAUUAAUUAAAAAAGCAGAAUAUGAUCAUUCAAAUAAUAAUGUUAUAUAUAAAAAUGAAUUAAACCUUGAAGAUAUAAUCGAUGAAAAAUCAUUUGGAUUAUUGACAGAAGAACUAUUUAAAGAACAUCUAACUAUUAAACAAGUUAAUGAUAGAUUUACUGAUAUUAUGAAAAAAUUAAAAGUUUUAAUGCCUAAAAUGCAUGUAUUUAAAGAUAAAUUAGAAAAAUCUGGAAAUACUGAAGUAGAAAAAGAUAUAUAUGAAUAUAUAUAUAAACGUUUUAAAAAUUUAAAUAUAUCUUACUCAGUACAAGGUCUAGUAUAUAUACCUAUAAAAAAAUUAAUAGAUUUUGCCUUAUUUCCAAAUGUACUAGUUCAAAAUGUAGAUGCAGAUUAUAUGACUAUGCAAUUAGAAUAUAAAUAUAAUCGUUAUAUGAAAUUUUUAGAUGAAUUAUCUAACUGUUUAAUAGAUAUUUAUUAUUAUAAAAAAAAUGAUAGUUGUCUACGUUUUGGUAAUUAUACACAAAAUGAAAUCCAAAUUGAACAAAAAAUCCUAAACCUAAUGCAAACUCCAUUUAUUGAAACAUUAGAAGGCAAUCAAAAUAAUUAUAUAUAUAAUAAAUAUAUAUCAGAAAAUGAUGAUAUAUUUUAUUACUUCAUUAAUAAACUCUUACCAAAUAAUCAGAAAAUUGAUAAAGACAAAUUAAAUAUACACAUAUUUAAAGUUAAAUAUUUUGUUCUUGAAAUUACAAAAUUUGUCAUUAAAAAGGUUUUAUCAACAAUGCCAUCAUCUUAUCUAACAAAAAUGACACAUGAUAAUAUUAACAUAAAUAUUGAUACAAUAAUAAAUAGUUUACAUUCUCUCUAUACAAAACAUAAUAAAACAAAAGUAAAUGAACAUCAAACAACUUCUACCUACACACAUACAAUCGGUUCUAUAAUCCAUUUUAUGUACAACGCUAGUGAUGAUCUACCUGAUUUUGAAAUCUCUGAAGAUCUAAAACCAGAAGAAUUAAUUGUAAAUCCAGCAGAUUUUGCAACUGAAGAUGAUUAUGAUGAAUAUGAUGAAGAUGCUGAUGAAAAAAUUAUUAUAAAAACAGAUCUAAGUGAAGAAGAAAAGAAUGACAAACGUGCUGUUAUGAUUGGAUUAGAAGGAAAACAAAAAGUUAAAAAUAUUAAAUAUUAUUUAAAUAAUUAUAUUGCUGAAUUUUUAUUAAAUAAUAAUAUAUCAUUUAAAUAUUUAUAUCAAUUUAUUCAAAAUCUAGACAACUUUAAAGCAUAUUUACCAACCUUAUCUGAAUUAUAUAUUUUUGUUGAUAAACAUGUUAAUAUUAUCAAUUCUAUUUAUAGUUCCUAUUAUAUUCCAUAUACACAAACAGACACUAUCAUAAGUAUAUUCGUUGAUACCUUUAAGGCACUUGGCUUAGAUAUAUACUCCGUUUAG